UCGGGUGCACCAUAGAGAAACCCAAUAGCAGAAAAUGCUGAUCACAGAAAGGAGCUUUAUCUCCUGUAGCUUCUGUUCUUAUCUUGUUCGCAAGAGCAAUGGAAGGAAAUUCAGACCCAUAUGGGCUAAAAAACGAGAUUUAACUGAAAAUUCAAGAACACAACUAGAGUCAAUCUUUCCUUUGAGAGUCUCAAAUGUCUUAAUAGCUCGAUCUGCUGUUGCUGUUUUAGCAUUGGGCUUCAUUGAUGCUGGGUACAGUGGAGAUUGGUCAAGAAUAGGGGUGAUUUCUAGAGAGAGUGAGGAUUUGCUGAAGACAGCAGCUUUUUUUGUUGUUCCUCUGUGUGUCUUUCUGAUUUUUUCUUUAUCUAAUCAAGAGGAAGCUUGAAAUUGUAAGUCUAAGAAGGAUAGCACAAAAGAGGAGAGUAUGAAGUGGUAUUUAAAUUCCCAGUUACAAAUUCCAUUCAUUA